AUGCUGCCAGCACUGGAGGUUGGACGGGCGACUUUUGCUAGCAGAAACAUGCAGGCUUUCGCCAAGGAGGUGCUUCCUCGUUUGUUGGCAGUGCGAUGUCGGCCUGGGUUGCAGCUCCAGACAGCGUCUGCCAGCGAGGCGGCUGUUUUCUUUGACUGGAUGAGGGACACACGGCAGUGGCACGCCGGACCCAACACCUCGAAACCCUACAACGUCGCCAAAGAAGGCUGCGUGACGGGAGAUGGUGGUGCUUGGAUCUUUUUGGAGCAGGGCACUGAUUGGUUGGGGUUCCAGGGCUUGUACUGCAAUUUCGCAAGCCCUCGACGCAAGCCCAGAUGGGUGUCCUUCCGUCUGUGCUUGCGAACGCUUGAGUUUUCUUGUGGCUUCUUUGCGCUGUCUGCUGACAGGCGGACUUGGGGCUUGCAGCCCUUGAUAUUCAUCUUCAACUACAGGGGAGAUGACAUGCAAACUGGCAAGCGCUGCUUCGCCUUGCAGACGCAGCCAGUGACUGGUGACUUGCAUGUGCUGCAGCUAGAGAAGGGGCAAAUCUGUGCUGGAGUUCCGUACGAAGUUUCCGUGCACCUUGACUGGGAGUGCGGUCUUUUGGAGCUCUUCAUCGAUGGGACGUGUGUUUUGAGGGAGAUCCCCUUCCAGGCAGACCUCGAGCCGCAAUACAUAGGUCUGUACAACUGGAGAAGCCGGGCCGUGUGUGGCUUUUCGGAGAUUCUGGUUGGCAGCUCGCGGCCAUAUCCUGUGGUGGAAGAUGCACAGCAAGUCUGGAGGGUGUCGGAAAGCCAAAAUCGCCGCGAGCGAGGCCUCGUCGUGCUUCUUUCUGUGUAG